AAACAAGUGAAUGUUAUAUAGUUAUUAUGGAUAAGAUAUUAAUUUAUUUACUGGCUGGAUUAGUAGCGAGCGAAUGUAAGGAACCGACGAAACGCGACAGAAGAGGCCAUUAUGACUCGACUUAUUCCCUAGGAAUCGGCCCGGUACAAAUCCAAAACCACCCAGGAGCUAGCGAGAGUUUGUAUUCCUAUCAGAACAGCAAAGCGAUAAGUUUACCGGAAUACUCGACGGAACCGUUGCACUUGAACUAUUACGAAUUGAAUUCCAUCGAGAAACCCGUGCAGGAAUCGCAGGAGUACGUGCCGCCCCAAUCGGUGGGCUCGGCGGUCAUUCCGGAGCUGCCGCCGCCCGCGGUGCCGGUCAACGCGGCCGCCGCCAACGUGCCCGGCGAUGGGAAUUCCAUCUUCCUCGGAUCCGGCGCCUUGGGCGUCCUGAAUUUAGGAGGAGGAGCUUACGUCCUUGGAUCGGGAGCGCUGGGUUAUUCGGAGAUCCGGAGGAAUCCGAGACCGAAUAUCAGGGCUUCGACUCUACCGCCUAUCCAGGCCUCGCCGAAUUUGCUGCCGGCGGCUGUGAACUCCCCGGAAAGGCCUCGACAGCGCGCUGUAUUCAGCUACUCUUUUCCCACAGGUCACGGAUCGCCGGUGAAUCAGAACGAGUACGAAUUCCUGGCGCCCAGCCAGGCGGGUUUCGGGGAUCCCCUGCCGCCGGGGCGCUUGAAAAUCACCAAUACCUACGCCGUGCCGACGGCUUUGGUGCUGCCGGCUCGAUUGGCCGAUCCUGCGAGGUACCAGGCCCCUUUGCGGGAGUACAAGACCGUCCCGACGUCUCUGACGGUGCCCCAAACUCAGCCCCCGACGCAGGCUCAACCGAUAACAACGCAAUCGGUGACAGUGGAAUCCGAUCUGUUGAAUAUUUAUCCCAAGAGAGUGAAUGAUUUGUACCAGUAUUUCAAGAAAUAAAUGUGCGCUUACUUACUUUAUUAUUAAAUUGUUGGAUAUA